AUGGCGCAGCCGGCCGAGGACCGCAGCGGGCCUGAGAUGGAAACUGGAUCAAUUUCUGAGGAAGAGGAGCCACGGGCCGAAGAUGGAGGGUUGGAGAGAAACGGUGUCAAAAAGGAAGAGGAAGAAGCCAAUUCUAUAGAAGCAGGAGAGGAAGCCAGUCUCAUGCAACCAUCAGGAGAGGACGUCGAUUCAACACAACCACCAGGAGAGGAAGUCGAUUCAACACAACCACCAGCAGAAGAAGUCGAUUCAACACAACCACCGGCAGAAGAAGUCGAUUCAACACAAUCACCGACAGCGGAAGUCGAUUCAACACAACCCCUGGGAGAGGAAGUCGAUUCAACACAACCACCAGAAGAGGAAUUCGAUUCAACACAACCACCGGCAGAGGAAGUCGAUUCAACACAACCACCGGCAGAGGAAGCCGAUUCAACACAACCACUGGGAGAGGAAGUCGAUUCAACACAAGCACCGGCAGAGGAAGUCGAUUUAACACAACCACCGGGAGAGGAAGUCGAUUCAACACAACCACCGGCAGAAGAAGUCGAUUCAACACAACCACCAGAAGAAGAAGUCGAUUCAACACAACCACCAGAAGAAGAAGUCGAUUUAACGCAACCACCAGAAGAGGAAGUCGAUUCAACACAACCAGCAGAAGAGGAAGUCGAUUCAACACAACCACCGGGAGAGGAAGCUGAUCUAACACAACCAGUUGGGGAAGUAUCUGCCCUUCCUCAGCCCCUUAGUCCAUCUACAGUUGACCAAGUCGAGGUGGAUGUUUCCAGAACCACCAGGCCUUCACCUGGUUCGGGAAUCUCAGACGCCCUUUCCUCUGAAAAAGCCAAGGAGAAUGAUUUUUCUCAGAAGCCUCAGGACGGGGAACAACGUGAAUGGACAGGGAGAGGUGUCCUUUCAUCGUCCGAAGCGAGCAGUGAGACGUCUCCUUCAACACUCAGGGCAAAUAUCAUGGAAGAGAUAGGUGACAUCAGUGAAAUUCGGUCACCGAGCUUUUUGGAGGCCUUGAACCAGCUCAUGAGAGACGAGAGAGAUUUCAAGGAGGAGGAGCCGAGCUUGGAGAAGAAUGAGGAGGAGGAGGAGGAAGAAGCCCAGUUGGUGGUGUUGGAUCCGGACCACCCGCUGAUGACCAGAUUCCAAGCCGCUCUGGGAGACUACCUGAGGCGGCAGAUAGACCGGCUACAGGUGGAGCUCCGGGAACUGGUGGCGGCUACGAGGCAAGGGGGAGCGCGGAGGGAAGAGCUGGGCGUGAGCCUGUAUGGAAUCCAGCAGCACCUGGCCCGCCUCCAGAAGGAUCUGGACGGCCAUCGGGACCGCUUCACCGUCGUGGCCUCGCACCGGAGGCGGGCGGAGGAGAGGCUCGCGGAAGUCCGGCUCCUCUACAACCGGACCACGGCCAGGGCCGGCGAGGAGCACCACAGAGUUUCCGCCCUGCAGACGGAGUUGGAGAACCUGUCCCUGCGUCUGUUCUACCUGCAGAACAUGGACCAGGACAUCCGCGAUGACAUCUCCGUCAUGAGGCGGGUGGCCAAGAAAUCCGAGAUGGACCAAGUGCGAGCCCAAGUGGAGAAGAAGAAGCAGGAUCUGUACGUGGACCAGCUGACCAGACAGUCCAACCAGUUGGAAGAACAGAUCGCCCUGUACGAAGCUCAGUUCAUCGCUCAGGCUGAGGACACAAGAGUCAUAAGACAGGCGGUGGCGGAGGCCAGUUUGGAAAUAGAAACGAUCAACCUGGAGAAGAAACAGCUUGUGAAUCAGUGGUCCAGCAGCCUGGUGGGAAUGAAACGCCGAGAUGAGGCCUUCACGGCCGUCCGGGAAGCGCUGAGGUUGUCCCGGUGCCAGGCCAAGUCUGCGGACGCCGAAAUCGAAGGCUUCAAGAAAUCCAUCAUGAAGGAGGAGGAGAGGAACGAGCUGCUGGCCAGGAUCCUGAACCGCUCGGAGACGGACGCGGCCACGAGCCAGAAGUUAAUAGCGCAGUGCCUGGCCAAACAGCAGGCCCUGAAGAACGAAUUCUCCACCUUCAGCCACAUUCUUCACGACACCGAAGGACUCCUCAGCCACACCUACUCGGAUCGCAGCGCCUGCAUGAACGACAUCUCGAUCCUCCAGCAAAGCAUGGAGAAGGAGCUGGGCGCCAAGAAGGAAAUGGAGAACGUCAUCGUGGAGAAACUGCAGGAUCAAAUGACGUCCAGCAAGAUGGCCAAGUAUUUCGCCCAGCUGAAUUCCAAACUCCAGAAGAAAAAGACGGAUCUGGUGACGCACCUGUCCAAAAUCGGAGGGGACAUCGCCCAGGCCACUCUGGGAACGACCCAGACCCGUGGCCGAGUGGCCACGCUGAAGAAGAGGCUGUCGGAGGUGGAGAAGGACACAAAGAGGGUGAACGAGCUCAUCAACAACAGCGAAAACGAAAUCUCCAGGAGCAACCUCCUCAUCGCGCGCAAGCAAGGCAUCAUCAACCUGUACAACAAGAAAGUGGAAGCCAUCGUCUCCCAGCUUGGGGGGGAGGAGCUGGGGCCCCUGGAAAUCGAGAUCAAAAGGCAGACGAAACAAAUGGAAGAGUACAGCUCCGAGGUCCUGGCCCUGCAGAUGUCCUGGCUCCAGCUGCAGGAUGAACUGGUCAAAUUGACCCAGGAGCGGGAGGAUCAGCUGGGCAGCGUGGACCUGUUCAAGAAACAGAUCACCAUCCUGGAGCAAAAGAAACUGCGCACAGAGAAAAAGAUCGACCAGGAGAAGGCCGAGCGGAAAGAUAUAGAGCAUCACAUGAGGUCCCUAGGCACCGCCAUGAAGAAGCUGAACCUGCUCAUCUGCCAGAACAGCAGCAGCUCAGAGGAGCUCCAGCAGGGCAACACCAUAACGGAGAAUGAGUUUGUGCGAUCGCUCAAGGUUUCUGAGAGAGAAGCGCUUGAAAUGCAAGAGAAGCUGAGCCAACUUCAAGACGAAAAGGAGCAGCUGCUCAAUAACCUCGUGGAAGUCGAACAACAGAUUAUGCUGUGGGAGAAGAAAAUCCAGCUGGCAAAGGAGAUGCGGGCAGUGGUGGAUUCGGACACAGGCCAAGGAGAGAUCCGGGGCAUGAAGGCUGAGAUCCAUCGGAUGCAGGUGCGGCACGCCCAGCUGAUGAAGCAGCAGGAGAAAAUGAUCCGAGACAUGGAAGUGGCCGUCGCACGCAGAGAAACCAUCUUGAUCCGGGCCGAAGGUCAGAAGAAAGUCGACAGGAAGCAACUCACGCGGAGCGACUUCCACCACAAACAGCUGGAGCUGAGGAGGAAAAUCAAGGAGACGCAGCAGAACGCCGAGGAGUGCAACCGGACCCUGGUGGAGCUGGAGAAGGCCCAGGAAUCCCUGAAGGGCACCAUCCUGGCGGGGCAAGUAGAGCUGUCCAGCCUGCAGGCCGACUCUGACAUCCUCGAAGCUGACAUCGAUCAUUUCCUCGACCAGAAACGGCAGAACCUCUCCGAAAUCGUCACCCUCCAGCGCCGGCAGAAAUGGUUCCAGGCGGUAAAGGAAGGCCGCUACUCGUUUCGCUACCGGGCCGAGCAAGUCAUCCAGGCCGAGAAGCAGAGGCUGACGGGCCGCAUCAGCAGCGUCAGCAGCAUCGUCGACCACCUGAAACAAGAGUACCCCCAGUACCAAGGGGCCCUGCACCCAGUCAGCGCUGCGCUGGAAAACCAGCCCUGGACACCUGGGUCCCGUUAGCACGCCGCCCCGACCGGUUGAAUCCGUCCGGACCCGCAGGGACGGCAGGAAUUAUCCCUAACCACCGGGCCGCCGCUUCCAAACAUCAACGACGGCUUCGAAGAGAAAUAAACACCAUUUUUUCCCCCCCCCCGCACGGGGAACCGGGCAGGAUUUUUCCAAACCAAACGAUAAAUCAGAUGGCCGUUUGGCUUGGACAUUCCUGUUGCUUGUAGGUGGAAGACGGGAAGCGCCUAUUUUUCCAUUCUCCCCACCGGCGGCGAGAAGAAAUCCCCGGAGUGGACAAAGUAAACUAAAUCAGCCCGGUUUGGGAUGAGAGGAACUAUUUUGACCCUCUUUCUUCUCCCACUGUCCAAAUUC